UAUACAGUAUAAACUUGGCUGCUCUCACACACACACACACACACACACGCACACAGUCAUUUGCAAGUUCCAAUACAAGCUGAUUAUAUGUGUUGAUACGAGAUGAAAAUGAUUGGAAAUGUAUCAUAAGGUGGUGAUUGUAGACAAUAUGAAAAUGCACAGAAGAAGCUUUUGUUCUCGAAUUCCUGCGGCAGUUCAGCCAGUAUUGCCUCUGCUUUAAUUUAAUAUCUAUUUAUUUUUACUCCAUUGUGUGGCUUUUUAUUGAGGUUGCGCCUGCUUUAUCGCCUCCCAUCUACACCAGAAGUGAAGGUCAGGAGGGGCAUAGUGCCUGUUUAUUGGCUUCCAUUGAGCCCGUAUGAGCUGAUUUGGCUAUCUGCUCUUGAUAUUAAGCUCUUUCACAGUAUUUUCUGAAAUCCGGAUAUUGUUUAUCGCCACAUUGUGAUUUUCAACGUGUAUUUACGGCCAAAUUAAAUAUUCUUCAUCACUUUUGUAAUAUCCUCUCUGUGGGCUCGUGCGGGAUGUGGGCAUCCUGUCGAAAUGUGCAUGAGAAUCCCUAGUCGACUAUCGAUGAGUUCGGGAAAAAGAAAGACAGUGUAUAUUUUAUAUAUUUCAUAUGCAAUAUGAAAAGUAAAAUCGUUGUUGUUUUCAGUCAAGUCUUGGUUAAACUUCACAGUGAUAAGCUUAUUUAUGAACUGAACUGAACUAGCAAUAAAGAUCUCUGACUUAUUCCAUAUCUCUCCUUGAAGGACUGAAAAAUAUUGAUAUUGUCACAUAACUACAUUUCAGUCCCAGGUUGUUUGUGGAGGCACAUGAUCAGAUAUAAGCGAGGUGAUCAGAUAUAUGUAGCCCUGGGCACUGAUCCGAGGAAUAUAUGACUUGUAUUGUUUCCCGACUCAGAUUCUUCUAGUAUUUACCACGAAGAAACACAAAACAACAAGGCACUCCAUUCACAUAAUGUUGCAUAUGGCAUUAUUAAGAAAAUGGCAUAAUUUUUAAUGACAUCAUUAUCAAGUUUGCUAAAUUAAUGGGUUCAUAAUUCUAUGAACCCAUUCAGGAUGACUUUCCCAAUUUAUGGUCAUGCUAAAUAUUUUCACCUUGGCCUUUGACCUUUAACGGUCAAAUGCGGUAUAUGACCUCAGAAUUGGCUCUCAAUUUGACAUGUUGAUAGGUCUCCUGUGAAUGCAUUUUUGAAAAGAAGGUCAAAUUUGAUAAAACUAUUUGUAAAAUUCGACCAAAUUUUUCUACAAGGAGAUGAUGCCAUUAGUCAAAUCGGCCAUUCGAUAACCUUUCCAACGCCACGGGUUCCAUCUCGAUACCACAAUUGGUUCAUGAUAUAUACUGUAUAAGAUAAAUAUAUUCACCAGGGCCAAAAUACCUUUGGCGCUGGUGACCCAUGACCUCUGAUCUUGGUGACCCAAAAUGUAUUCGCAUGCAGACAAUAUCCAUGUAUCAGCUUUCAUAAGGAUCCGUUUACCCGUUCAUGAGUUAUAGUCCAAUAUUGUAGAUGCAGAGGGGUUCAGAAUAGUUAUAAGGAGACAGAAAUGACAGGAAUGUAUGUCAGUUGGAUGGUGGUGGAGGGGGGUUAUAAUCUGCCCCCUGAAUGUUGCCACCGUGUGUUUUCCCCCCCGCCCCUGGUUGUCUGGAGGAUUCUCGGUAUCAGCCGAGCGGUCACAUGCAAAAAUAGCAGGAAUCGUUUCCCCGAAGACGCAUCGUGCAAAAAAAAACAAACAAAAAAAACACCCACAACACAACAGGACAGUGAGACGGGUCCUGCUGACGUCACGUCUUGGAGGGGCGGGGCGAAACACGACGCCGCAGGUGGUGCACGUGGUCUCCUGUUUACUUCUUCUAGGAAUCCUGGAAGUGCGGCACGAGGGAGAGGGAGAGAAGGAGAGAGAGAGAGAGAGAGAGAGAGAGAGAGAGAGAGAGAGAGAGAGAGAGAGAGAGAGAGAGAGAGAGAGACGGUGGUGGUGAAAUUGUUGCUCAGCACAGAGACAUGAACAACAGCGGGACGUAGUCGAGCUGAAUCCCCUCGUGUUUCACCCCCUUCGUCCAGCAGAUCAAGUCUAGAAUGCUUCAGCUCGGAAACCUGUUCACCCACUUCCAUCUCAGCUCCAAGGCUUCGGAAAGUGCCCAAGGCCCGGGUCAACCGCACGCACAAACACUGCCUGACUUUGCACAGCAUGUCAGGAAACUCACAGGAAUUAGAAAGGAGGAUGUUUAUUGCAAUCUGCGCUUUCCCGACCAGUUUCAGAAGACAAACGAUGACAUUAACAUCGUCAUCCACACAGGCCUCGGGAUCUUCUGCAUUGAUGUAAAACACUGGAGAGGCUCGGUGUCCGCUCACAACCACAACUGGCAUGUGCAAGUGAGAGACGAGGACCAACAUUUUACCAAUACCUGCAUCGAGCAGAUUGAAGAUCCCCUGAAAGCCAUCAUGACCAAGACGACUAACUUAUGCGCCCACCUGAAGAGGAGCGGAGUGACUGUGCGCCAAAGCCUUUUCAUCCCCAGGGUCAUCUUCCUCUCCCCGGACUGCGAGCUGGACGAGGAGCUGAGGAAGAGGAGGGAGCUGGUCUCCCACAGCCAGAUCGACGACUUCCUCAGAUCUUUCAGGGAGGGCUACGUGACCUGGAUGUCGGAUGCACUGACCCCCUCCUGGCUCUCUGGUCGUCUGUCGUACAGGCAGAUGGAUUCAGUGCGGGAGGUCCUGAGGAAGGUGGGCACGUGGGAUCUGGUGCGGCUGCACUGUGGCGAGCAGCUGAAAGGAGACUACCAGGGCUGCCAGUACGUCGCUCUCAACCGACAGGAGACGGACACGCUCGAGUUUUCCAGAAUUAAGGCCCUGUCAGCUGAUUCCCUUUGGUUCCUGCUGGGACACGCUCCCCAGGUAACCGUCAAAAUGUUUAAGCGUGGCUCCCAUGGCUGGCUGGGCAAAUCCCCGAGCGCCACUAUUACCAUCCCAUCCAACACCUGUGUGAUCUUCAGGAUCAGCGGGGAGGAAGCGGAUGCCAAAAUCCCAGCGAGCACCGUUCACAGCAUCACACUCAGCAUAUGACUGUGUGUGUGUGUGUGUGUGUGUGUGUGUGUGUGUGUGUGUGUGUGUGUGUGUGUGUGUGUGUGUGUGUGUGUGUGUGUGUGUGUGUGUGUGUGUGUGUGUGUGUGUGUGUGUGUGUGUGUG